AUGACGAGUCUGACCCCUGCAAGGAAAGGUGACCUGACAGCUGAAGAGAGAGUGAUGAUACAGACUGUUUUCUCAAAAGGUGAUGUGCAAGAGGCCACCCAGCUCCUCAGCAAUCCAAGCGUGCGCAUUAACUGUCUGGAUGAGUAUGGCAUGACCCCUCUCAUGCAUGCGGCCUAUAAGGGCAAAGCAGACAUGUGCAGACUGUUGCUGCAGCGCGGAGCUGAUGUCAACUGUAAUGAGCAUGAGUAUGGUUACACUGCUCUCAUGUUCGCUGGCCUCUCAGGUAAUGCUGAAAUUACAGAGAUGAUCUUAGAUGCCGGAGCAGAGACAGAUCUGGUCAACUCUGUAGGACGAACUGCUGCUCAGAUGGCUGCUUUUGUGGGUCAGCACGACUGUGUGACAGUGAUCAACAAUUUCUUUUCUCGUGCGAGGCUGGAAUAUUACACCAGACCCCAGGGUUCAGAGAGAGAACCUAAACUACCCCCCAAACUGGCAGGACCCCUACACAAAAUCAUCAUGACUACUAACCUCAAUCCUGUCAAGAUAGUGAUGCUAGUGAAGGAGGACCCCUUAUUGGUUGAUGUGGUGGCCCUGGAGAAGUGCUACCGUGUGAUGGAUCUGCUCUGUGAGCAGUGCGUGAAACAGCAGGACAUGAAUGAGGUUCAGGCCAUGAAGAUGCACUACAUCAGCUGCGUGCUGCAGAAGUGUCUGAUCUAUCUGCAGGAACGUGAUGAUAACCUGGAUGCCCUUUUGAAGAGGUGGCUUCAUCUUUAUGGUCCUUUCAUCUUAGAGAGUCUUGCAAAUGGCGUCACAAAAACAUAUAUUUUUCUUUUGCCCAAGCUUCUGAAAGGAAGAGAUGGUGAUGGCUUUCCUCAGUACCAGGAGAAAUUCAUCCGUGAUUGUAUCCAGAAGUUUCCCUAUUGUGAGGCAACCCUGCUGCAACAGCUGGUCCGAAUUAUAGCACCCGCAGAAAUUGGGAACGACCCCACAGCCUUCUCGGUUCUGACCCAGGCAUUGACGGGCCAGAUGGUGCUUAUGGACAUGGAGUACUGUGCUACAUGUGGAGAGAGGGGUGCUAACAAAAAGUGCUCCUUCUGUAAAAUGGUGGUCUACUGUGGGAAGACUUGUCAGAGGCUGCACUGGUUCACCCAUAAGAGGCAGUGCAAAACCCCUCUGCCACAGAGAGAUGCUCAACUCAACCGCCAACCCAAACUGAGAGAACUCUCUAGCAAUGCUGAUGACAGUGAUGUAGUGAACGCCACCAGCUCCAUGCUGGCUCUUUGUCUGGGGUUGUCAGAGUGUGCACUUCAACACAGUCCUUCUGAUGACUGCUGUGAAACCUCCGAGGCCUGUGAAGAUCCUCCUCGUGCUGGAAAGGACUGA